GCGUACACUCUCUGGUGGGCGGAUCGUAGCGGUGACAGCGACGCUCGGAGACUCUAGACAAACUGUCAAAAAGGAGACAACUAACGCCAUGGCGGAGUUAGACUUGAGUCUGAGCGAUGCGCUGACGGACAGCGUUCCCCAGCCCGGCCCGGAGAACAUGGUGCACAGGGACUUUGUGGCUGAGCUGGAGGCGGAGCACUUUGACGAUAAGGUCGGAGAGACGGUGGGAAAGACGGACUACAUCCCGCUGCUGGACAACGAUGACACCAGGGCAGACGCGGGUACUGCAAUGGAGAAUGGAAAGCAGGAAGCUCGUGGGGUGCAAAAGCCUGGUAGUAAACUGACCUCGGGGGGACAGACAGCAGCGUCGCACCUGGAGCCGCAGGGAGAGGUGCGGCCACUCUCGCUUGACCAGCAGCAGGCCUUGGCUUCAGACUUCUUAUCAGCCUCCGUGGCAAGUUAUUCUAAUCCUCUGGGCUUUCAGACCAGCCCUGCACAAAAGAUGGAUACUAACCUGAUGGGAGCAUUUUCAGGUUUCUCCCAGCCUGGAGGGAUUGGGAUGAAUGUGGAGGUGGGAGCUGCACCCCUUCAAGCAGAAAAGCCUCCAAGUAUUGCAGAUCCCCAGAUUCUCACACCUCCAGUGGGAUCAGUCGCCCCUAAGGAGCACAGCCCCAUGCUGCCCGAACCACAAGCUCCUCGCAGCCCUUUGGAUGUAUCAGCAGGUGCCUUAGGCUGGCCAGACCAGGCUGGCUGCCUGUCGACAGACCUCCCUUUUACUCCAAGUGUCACCACAGUGAUUGCUCGGCAUGCCAGCCAUCUUGCAGCCAGCCCUGAGGACCCACCUGACAGUUGGCCUAGCCGUGAGAGCGCUGCCUAUGCUGGAGGCGACGAAAGGGACAGGGAUGGAUCAGACCGAAAACAAAAGAAGAAGAAGAAAAGACGACAGAAAGAUGAGGGAUCCUACGAACAACUGGAGAGCAGGGGCCACCCUGAGAUGCAAGCACUGGGAGAAAGCACCCGACCAACAGAGGAGUUCUAUCAUAGGAUUGGCCCAAGGAGGGAUAAAGCAGAGGGUGGUUGGGAGGAGCAACUUGGGAAGAGUGGAGGCCGAGGGAAGAAGGGGAAGAGCAGGAAGAAGCUUCCAGAGGAGUGGGGAGUGGCAGAACCAUUUGUUCCUUCAUCUGCUGUGACCUCUAACAUUACAGAGGGGGACAUGAUGGAUCUUGGGAGUUCAACUCUGGACAACCUUGAGGCCUACUUGGCAGAUGAAGAUUCAAGCCAGAGCCCCUGGAAAAAGGAGGUCUACCCAGAUGAAGGCUUGGUAUCUUCCCCUCUGUCUCAGGAUCUUUUCUCCCCAGGAGCUGCUCCCAUUAGCCCACUGGUCCUGAACAGUGAGCUGAAAGCCACAGCAGCUCCGUUUACUAUGCCCUCUACCACCAACAGCAAAUCACUCGGUUCCUUCCCCGUGACCCCCCCAUGUUGUGAUCCAUUUGAUCUCUUGAUGGAAACCGAAAAUGCAAGUCUGGGCAACAGCAAAGAGGCUAUUUCACCACCUUUUUCUCCAGAGAAUGAAGCAGCAGUUGGUAAUCUGGCAGACAGCGGCAUGUUUGACAACAGCAGUUCUCUCCAGGAAUGUUGUGAGCAAGCCACGCCUGAGGCAGACACCUCAGCCUUCAGCCCUGCCACCCAGACAAGCCCAAAUUGUUCCCCUGAAGGUGAGGUGUUAGCCUCAGCACCACCUCUCUCGCCGUCUGAUGCUUCAUGGGUUCUGGACAGCUCAAAUGUGAGCAGCAACAGCGAUUUAUUUAAUUUCGCUGACAUGGGUGUGCUAGGUCAUCCUUUACCCUUAGGCCUAAACUUCAACACCCCAAGCCCAGCACCUCUCCGUUCCCCAAAAACUACGGCACAGGAAUUCCAAGCCAGAGAGCUCAAAGAAGGCAAAUCAUCCCCAAAACAAUCCAAGAAACCACGCUCUUCAUCUUCUUCAUCCUCUGUUAAGAGUCCAACCUCCCCAGAAGCUAAAAGGUUCUCUCCAAUGGCAUCGCCUGUCACCAGCCCCUCUUCCCCUCCAUCGGUCCCCCCUCUGGCAGUUCCAGGAUCUGGUCUUAAUCCUGCAGCUAAGCCCUUCUUUCCCAGCUUUGCUGAUCCCAUGGAAGAACCAGCUGUGGCCAAUCAAGAUGUUCCCCUCGUUGAAGUAAAAUCAGAAAUGACAGAGAAGACAGAAAAGAAGGAGGAGAAGAAGGAGGAGGAGAAGGUGGAGGACAGUGUGAAGAAGGUGGACCUGUUUGACCCCGUGGAUAAAGUCGAGCAGAAGAGUGUAAAGGUUGAGUUCACGAGCAGUGAGAGUCCGGUUAAGGUGGAGAAAGAGGUAGAAAAAGACAAAAUGAAGGAGGCAGAGAAACAGGAAGAGAAGGUGGAUGAAAAUCAAAAGGAGGCAGAAAAACUGAUAGAAAAGGUGGAUGAAAAACAAAGGGAGCCUGAAAAACAGGCAGAAAAGGUGGAUGAAAAGCAUAAAGAGACAGAAAAAGAGAUGGAAACAGAGAAAGUGCAGCCUGUGCAACAAAAGCCUGAGAAGGAGGAUGAAGUGAAAGCAGAAGAAUUGUCAGACAAAUCAGAGAUAAAUAAAGCAGAGAAGACAGAGAAAGAAGAAAAAGUGGAGGUUACAGAAAAGCUGGAGGCUGAAGUGGAGAAAGCAGAGAAUGUGGACAAAAUUGCACAAAAUGACAAGUCCAAAGUGUCCAAAGUGGAGGACAAAGCAGAGAACAAGACCACAGAGAAGCCCGAGAUCACAGAAAUGAAGGAUGGCAAAGAGCAGCACAUCAACAAAGUGGAAAAGACCCCAGAGCAACAGCCGACAUCCGUCAAGCUCGAGACCAGCUGUGAUGAGACAGAGAAGAAGGCCGACGCAGAGACAAAGGCGACAGCGGAGCUGGAAGACACCAAGACAGAAAAGGCUGACGCAGACGAGGCCAAGAAGACGGAGAAAGACGAUGAGGCGGCGAAGCCGUCUGAGAAGCCGGUGGAAAAAACAACACAGAAGGAAGAGAAGCCGGACAAAAGCCAGGAAGACAAAAAGACGGUUGAGAAGAAAGAUGAGAAGAAGGACAAGGCUGCUAAGGCAGACGGAGACAAGGCGAAAAAACCUACAAAACCCUCAGCGAAUGGAAGCAUUUCAACACCAAGCAAAGACCUGGCAGACAGGAAGACCAAGCCUGCUGCCGGUGCAACCAAACCAAGCGCAGCUGCCAAAAUGCGUCCAAGCACUGCAGGUGCCGGUGGUCCGGCUCCAGGCCUGACUAAGCGUCCCGUAUCCUCUGUCACCACCUCCACCCCCCACACUACAGACAAAAAAACAACCACAGCUAAAGCACCUUCCACAACAGCUGCAGGGUCUAAGCGACCCUCCACCACUUCUGCCAGCCGCCCCAUAUCAUCCUCCACCAGCACGACACGUGAGCUUAAACCCAAGACAACAACAGAGAAACGCCCCCUGGUGACAAAGUCCAGCACUGCUGCCUCAAGUCAAACAGGUUCUGCCACCAGAAACACAUCUGCUGCCACAGCAGCCAGUAAAACCACUGCACCAGUGCGCACAGCAGGAUCUACUCGCACCGCUACCACUGCUGCAGCCAAAAAGCCUCUGGCCUCUAAGACAGACAGCAAACCAGGAGAGGAGAAGAAACCCAGCACCCCGAGGACUUCCACAGCUGACUCAAGCAAGCCUAAGACCACCACCACCCGCAGCACUGCCUCCACCACCACCACCACUGCCUCCCGCACACGAACCACAGCAGCCAAACCAGCAACGCCAUCCUCCGCCACAGGCACGGGGCCAGAGAAGAAGCCCCCGGUGCCCCGCGCCCCACGGGCCGCCUCUUCAACCACAGCGACCACCGCUUCCCGGAGCACAACUCGCCCCGCCACAGCUCCCGAUGUCCGCAACGUUCGCUCCAAGAUCGGCUCUACGGACAACAUGAAGCACCAGCCCGGAGGAGGGAAGGUGCCUCCUUCCUCUCAGAGCAGGGGUUUCACCUCCAAAGAAAGCAGCCAGGGCAAAGUUCAGAUAGUCUCCAAAAAGCUGGACUUCAGCCACGUCACAUCUCGCUUGGGCUCCAAGGACAAUAUGAAGCAUGUUCCUGGUGGAGGGAAUGUGCAGAUUCUCAACAAGAAGGUGGACGUCAGUAAGGUGACGUCAAAGCUGGGCUCCAAGGACAACCUUAAGCACAAGCCUGGAGGCGGCGAUGUGAAGAUCGAGUCCCACAAAGUGAACUUUAGGGAAAAGGCUCAGUCCAAAGUGGGCUCCAUGGACAAUGUGAGCCAUUCACCUGGAGGAGGAAACGUCAAGGCUGAGGGGGCACAGGAGGCAACAGAGGGGAGUGGGGACCCCCUGAGUGGCAGCCCUGCCCCGGCCCCAGGCUCCGAGCCAGGGCAGGCUGGGGGCCCCGCUGCCCUGAAGAAUGGGCUGAAGGACGGGGCUCCCUGUCAUAGUGAGGGCCUCCAGGAGCCCCAGGCUCUGGACUCACACAUCCCAGAGACAAAUUGAGUCUUUCAAGCUCAACUUCCGCGAGAAUGCUCGCUCUCGCACGGACCACGGCGCUGACAUCGUCACCUGGCUAGCCCCACAGGACAACAACAGUAACAGACCCCACCCACACGGCUCCUCUUAUUCCCUACACACCAACCACCACCAACAGCAACAACACCAACCGACAACUCGUAGUGUCUCCCUCAUCGAGUCGCUGGCUUCGGUCAGCUGCGUCAGCUCCCCCUCCGCCCCCUCCUCGCUGCAGCUCCAGGUGGAGGUCCAGGGGGUCGACCGCAGCAGCUCCUUAAAGGGAUCGUGACCUUUGUGACCCCUCUUAAUAUCGCUAGCCUGCUAUUGCUACAUUUUGACCCAUCAAGUAGUUCCAUUAUGCUUUUUCUCUCACAUUGAUUGUGCGCCGUCACCCUCGCCCUGCUAGAUUUGGCUGAGUGACUGUGUAGACUGUGCUUGGGCCUGGUGAGAAUCGAAGGGGGAACGAGGGCACAGUAAGGUUUUCUCACAUGCUGGGUUUUUGCUUGGACCCUCUUCACCCCACUGCCUUGUGGCAGACUGUGCUCUCCAUCACCCCUCCCCCAGUAUCGUCCGCACCCACAGGCUUCAGCAGCAAAUCACUUCACUCAUCUACUAAACAGCAUGGAAACCCUGGCUUCUCUUUCCUUUGUGACUCUAGGGGCUGUUUGUUACCUGCAUCCACUUACUCUCUGCUUCAGUGACAUCAUAGUAACUCAUCUCACCGUCUCCUCCUCUCUCUUCAGCAACACUUACCAUAAACAGGCUGACAAACAAAAUAAAGCUAGACAACAUGUAGGCUGUUUAACUCUUUAUUCUCUGUGUUUGUGAUGAUGUGUUUGAGUGACACAAAUCGUGUAAAAAUGAGCUUUGGUGUUCUGCUCAUCUUAUUUCUUGCGUCUUUCUUUUUUUUCCUUUCCUCCUCCUUCAUUGAUUUUAAAACAAAGUUGUAUUUAUUUAUAGUGUCUUCCUGCAUAAGCAAUACAACGGGCGGCUGUUUUUUUUUUUGUCUGAUCAGAAAAUCUUGGAAACACGCACAGGUUUUUCUAAACCAAGACACACAGUGACGAAAGAGAUUCAGAGGGAGAGAGGAAGUUGAAAAAGCAGGCGUGGCUAGAAGCAUGAAAAGGGUUGUUUAUUAAUGGCAAAAUAGCAAGAAGCCUGUAACCUGAACGUUUCUGAAACGUAAUAGAGGAAGAUGAAGUUCAGUCUGCAGCCCAAAUGUGGAUGAGGAAAUAUAAAUAUGUCUGAAGUCGAAGGAGCUGUGUGUAUCGUAUGUGCCUCCUGUCAUUUUAAAGUACAGCGAAUGAGGCUGACCCAGGCUCAGACCUAAAACUGCUCAGAGGAAGUGAAAGGAAAUGCCAGGAGAAACCUGGUGCUGCUGUUAAAAGGAAAUCCUGUAAGUGACCCUUUCCUGAUAGUGCUUCUUGUCCCAUUCAGGUGUUUCUAUGAGGAUCAUGGUAGCAUGUUGUUUGGCAUUUGGCUAAAGCUUCAGCUGACACUCCUGUGUCCUCCUGUUGGAACAGCAGCGGGGGACGAUGUGGUUUAUCCUCUUCUAUUGUAGCAAUGUAAUCAAAUGUUGCCUUUGUAAUGCAUGGCCAGAUAAUAUGACUCUAGGUUAAAGGCUGAUGUCCAUUAUGAAAGUGUUGUGGUUUGGUCAAUUUAUGUGUCGAGAUUAGCUGAUUUAUUUUUUAAAGGAAAAAGAGAGGAAGAACCAGUUUGUAAUCUUUGUUUCCCCUUUUUAAAAUCAUGAUUGAAUUUCACAGCCGACCACAGAUUUGUAUGCACCAACUCCGUGGCUCAAACACACACACAGGUCAGCCACUGUCAGGAUUUAAAGAGGGUUUCUUUUGCUUGUUUGUUUGUUUGCUCUUUUGGCUUUGUCAAACUGAUUCUGUCAGCAGUCAUUAAAGUAAUAUAACAAGGGCUGGGUAUCAUCUGAAAUUGAUACCAUACAUCUAACUGACUGGCAAAUGAAAAUAUGAUAGAUCAAAACAUUCUCUCAUAAAGUUAGAAUGGGGAACGUGUUAGCAAACGUAGCAUGCCCUUUUCAGUCCAUGUAAUACAUCUUACCUUAAUAAAAGAACAGCAUUUUCUUUUUAUCGCCGUCUCAACCAACUCUUUAGCUGCUACAUGCUACAGUUAACGGCUAGCUUUUUUCACCACUCAGCUGCUAACUGUACUUGCCUCCCAUCUGGUGCUUUUUUUUUUAAACUGCAAACAGCUGUCUGCUGUUGUGUCUGAAAACAGGGUUUAUGAGAAUGAAAUAAAACAGCAAAGUUCCAAAUUAUAAAACCAAAACAAUGCGUUGAAAGAAGCUAACAAGCUUCUGGUAGCUAGCAGUAGCUACCUAGCAGUAGCUACCAUGUUUGAAAAUGUUACCUCACUAGCAUGAGAGGUUUGUUUGUAAUUUUCUGUUGAUAUCACAAUAAGAAAUAGUACUGUUAAUCCUUUUGGCCACAAUAAUCAAGCUAACAUUGUGACGCCGCGAGGUGAAACUCAUCUUGUAACUGCCAAAAUGUUUGAGGUAUACCCGACAGUUUUCUGAAGAACUUACGUUUGAACUACUCACACAGUUGUUUCCAGUCUGUGUUUGCAAAGUAAUUGUUUUUGUCAAAUGUAGCAAAAUUCCCAAAAAGCAAAAUGCAAAUUCAGCUUCAUUAGGCUCUUCCUAGCAAUAGCAUCCAACUACAGAAACACAGAGGUUUUCAGUGCAAGCUGGCACUAAAAUCAGUGAUUUGUAGAAAAGCUCUGAUGACAUUAAUUAGCACCUUAAAGCUUGAGUGUAUCAGUGAGGGUUGUCUGUUAUGGAGUGGAAAUAAUGAGGAAUAAGUGAUCCUUCAUUCUGAGUGAGCUUUUGCACGGCGACAUAAACAGAGCAGUAGUGUGAAUGCCCAUGCCCUCUCUCUUCUUCUUCAGCUGUUAAUUGAUUUAGUCAUUGCUAAUUUUUAACAGAAGUACAGGGACGGGAAGUCAACCAGUGUCUUUGGGAAUAUUUCACAUGCAGAUGGUGGCGCGUUAAUAAAAGCUGUCAUCAAGCAGUUGAAUUGCUUUGUUUGCGCCGCAGCUGUCUUCUAGCAAAAAGCUUCCUUGUGUCUGUCCCAACUUCUUCUAGCUUUGCUUUUCUCCCAGAGUUUCUACUUACCACUACACAGAUGUGCUCUGUAGUCCUCUUCAUGGCCCCUAAAAUAUAAGAAGUAAACAAAGUAGAUACCAAGCAGGGUUGGUUGGUGGGGAGUUUUCCAAGUACCCUUAAGGAAGCAUCAUAACUAUUAUGGCUGUUAUUCAGAUUUUAAGAACUGCAAAAAUAAAAAGGUCUACCUGUUUUCAUUGAAAGGGGCCACCGAAGUAAAGAAUGUCUUUUGAGAUAUAAGUGCAGUAAAGAUAUAACGUAUGCGCUCCUGUAGCUCUGUGGGGGUCGUGCUCGUCUGAUUGGAGGGUGUAAAAUAUUAAAUUUGUCACAGCCACUUAUGCAGACUGCAUCUCGCCCAGAAUUGAGACUCCCAGUGCAGCACUUCUUCAAGUCUUUCAAAUAUUAUAGCAGAUGAUUUUAUUUGGAGUUGUGGCAGCAGCUUGAUUUAGAAACAUUGAACAGGAAACGUAUAUAUGCUUAAUUAUUUAAUUAACUGCAGCCUUUUUAACAAAAUGUAUAGUGCACGCACAUGUAUGUCUGCACACUAUGAAAUGCAAGCCCAGUCCUAAGAGAUGAGAAACAUUUCUGUAAGGAUACAGUGACCUCUGCUGGUUCAUAUAAUAAAAAAAUAAAGCUAAAUGGGAAUGAAGCUAAUGCACCUGAAUCACACGCCACUGCAUAACAGUGGGCACAGAGGUCCACAUACAGGCCUGUCAUUUGGACAUUCUGCAUAUCAAAGCCUAUUAGCCGCUCCGUUAUGGCACUCAGAGGGCAGAGACCCUAAAAUGUUCUUAUUUGAGGCUGAAAAAUGAACCGUAGCUAACAUUUUGGCUUAUUUAAUAAAAGCUCCUCUGAAAUCUGUCCAAGGAGCCUCGUAGUGCUUCAUCGAACACUGCCACACUCACACCUGACAUGCAAGUGUAACACUAGCUAACGAACACCUACUGUACCUGCAGAGCAUGCUGAAAAACUAUGGGAUGUGUUAGGUAGACUUACUCUGUCAUUUGAAGAACCUCCUUGUUUUUGUUUUGUUUUUUGCGUGUGUGUGUUUGUUUUUCAUAAUUUGAAUUUUAUUUUUCGGUUUGGAAAAAAUUUUAUUGUGAUUACUUGUUAAUUAGUGAUGUGAUAAUUAAACAAAUAAAUUGGACUAAAACUCA